CCUGGAAUCGGAACAGGAGUCGAUUCUGCGAGUGAGGAAUCGAGCAGCGCUGGUAGAUGUUGGUCCGGCUUGCUGGUUCCUGCCUCUCUCCAUGGCGGAGGCGGGCCUGUUUUAGCCGGGGAAGGGCGUUUGUUUUUCGGCGGUGUAACUCGGUUAGGGGUGGGCCUUUUCUUUCUUUCUUUCCUUUUCUUUUUUUUUCUGGAGCCGAAGAAAGCCCACCUUUUCUUUCUCAUUGUCUAGAGCUGUGAGGAAUGUGCCGGUCUGAUCCCGCAGCAGAGAGAGAGAGAGAGAGAGAGAGAGAAAGUCACUCCAGCGUGUUGGGGCUGUUCUCCGCGGAGCUACCUCACUUUCAUCCGCCAGCUUUUUUUUUAAUGGGAAUAUCAUCGUCCACGUGUCGAGGUGAGUGGAAAGGAGUCGUGUUUUUCUUUCUUUUUGCGCUUAUUUGCGCGGUGAUCCUGGUGAUCAACUCCACUACUGCGCUCAGGAUGGAAAGAUCACCACUGACGGAGAUCGAGUCGUCACUUUGUUUGCUCGUCUGAAAGAAUGCAUCCUUCCACAGUGAUAAUUCCCCCAGCACACUUGCGAGAAUCAAGCCGCAGGGAAGUUGGACUAACCAGAAUAUCAAGCAGCAGUGAGGUUAAGGUGUGCACUCCUCAGAGUUCGAGGACAACAAUUUCCCAUCCUUCCUCUGUAGGCUUUCUAGAGCAAUAGGACUCGACUACACAAAUGUGUACCUUUCCACGAAGGCAGCAUAUAAAUCUUACAGUAGCUUAGUUUCAGAUAUCAGUAUGACUGAGUUCAAAGACACAACCAACCGCCAUCUCAGGCACAAACUUCAAAGUCUGGGGCGGCGUCUGGAUGAGCUUGAAGAGGCCACGAGUAAGCUCCAAAAGGCUGAGGAUGAGCUUCUGGACCUACAAGACAAAAUCAUCCAAGCCGAGGGAAGUAACUCCUCCUUGCUAGGUGAUGUUGAAGCACUUCGAAAAAGAGUUCUUAAAAUUGAGGGGAAGGAUGAGGAGGUGAGAAAAGCAGAAGACCUUUGCCGAUUGAUAAAGGAGAAGCUAGAAGAAGAAGAGAAUCUAACUAAGGAGCUUAAAGCAGAGAUUGAGCGUCUUCAGCUCAGAAUGACCGAACUGGAGAAGCUAGAGGAAGCAUUUGGGAAGAGCAAAUCAGACUGCACACAACUUUGCCUGAGCCUUAAUGAGGAAAAGAAUCUUACUAAGAAGCUCUCAGCUGAACUAGAGGCCCUGAAGGCCAGAGUAAAGGAAGUGGAUUCCUCUGAGGCGUCUCUGAACCGGGCGGAGCAGGCCCUGACCACAGAGAUGGAGAAACUAAAAAGCCUCACUCAGACAUUUGUUGCGGAGCGCAAAAAGCUCCUGGAAAAACAGAGAGAAGAUGAGAAAAUCAUUCUCAAGUUAACUGAAAAGCUUGAACAUCAGAAGAGCAAGGUAGGUUCGUUAGACCAUAGCUUCAAUGAGUCCCAUGAUCUUAUUAUUGAGGAUGACCUCCCGGCAGGCCUUAGUAGCAAACUGGCACGAAAGAAGAAGCUCUCACAUGAUGUUGGCUUGAGAAACAAAUCGGAGAAUGAGAAAAACAGCCUAGAAGGGCAGGAGGACAACAAGAUCAAAGACCUUACACAAGAAGUACAGAAUCUAAAGAGCCGUCUGAAGCAGCUGGAGGUGGUAGAAGAGGACCUGAAAAACACAGAAUCAAAGAAUGCUGAGCUAGAAGAAAAGUUUCAGCAAGAGAGGAGUCGCAACCAAGUGCUGAAUGACCAACUCGAGCAGCUGAAGAUUCAGCUUUUAAGCACUAAUAGUAGUAGUAAUGGAAGCCUAGUUGUUUCGAAUGCAACAAAUGUUCUUGAAAAUGGCAAAGCUGAAACUGAAGAGAUCAACAUACGGGGAGGCCUUAGGCAGGAGAAGAAGAGUAAGAUUUUGGCUGCCACUGAGGCAGUUAACCCAAAGUUUAAAAAAAGAGACAAUUCGCCGCAGCAACUGAAACUUAAGAGUAAAGAGCUCAGCCAGUCAACAGAGAAAUCCCCUACGCGGAGGGCCCAAAGUCCUGCCCAUAAGCCCAAGAAAACUGGGUUGAAAAGUGGGUCUUCAAGUACUGCUGACAGUGGGCUAAAAGAUGGCAACAGCAUUGAGGAGAAACAUGGAAGUGCCUUUCAGGCCACGUCCGUUGCAUCCAGUGAUAAAAAAGUUUCUGUACUUAGCCGUUACCCUCCUGCUGCCAGUGACCAAAAGCCUGUGAAGGUAUCGGGUAAGCCAGGUAACCCUGAAAGCAAGAAAGCAAGUAGAGUUGUGUCUCCACCAGAAAAAGACAGAGCAACUGAAACGGAGUCUUCAGGUCCUCCACAGGAGGUAACUACAGUGUUAAGUCUUUCCCAGGCAAAUGGGUCUUACACUGCAUACAGGUCCCAUGUAACGUCAACUGGUUUAAUUGAACAUGGAUCUGAAGGUCACUCGUCAGCCUCUGAAACAGAAUCUGUUGGAUCAAAGCGCUCAGUGGGUGAGCAAGACACUGCUCCUGUAAUAUCCAUUUUAAGUGGCAGAACAACAGAUUCUAAGUAUCCAAGGUACGCACGAUUGCAGGAUUCUCACUCAGGUGGAUCUUCAACAAGGAGCUCUUACGAUGAGGAGCAGCACAGGGCCCUAAUGAUGGAGGGUGGAUCUCAGGAACCUUUUCAGACAUCCACCGGAAUUGAAAUCCAACGUGUUUGCAGCCCACGUGAGGCUCUAUGCUCUAAGGUACUCAUCAAGCCAGCCAUCAUAGAGUAUGACAGGAAGGAAAUGAUGUCGGGAGGAAAUAUGGAACCAACACAUACCAAUGAGAAACCGAAAAUAGCCACCAAGCCUAACAAGAUGACCAGCAGCAUUACUUUCUAUCCCAAUGACCCCAGCUCUUCUCGAACCAGCAGUCGAAGCAGUAGUAUUUCAAGUGAACCUCCAUCCAAGGAACGACACACUUCUACCAGUAACAUUGUCAUUGGGCCGAACACUGAGCUCAGAGGCAGCAUCACCAUCCCCUAUGAAAUAUCCAUUCCCAAGAGCGAGAUCACUCUAAGGUCUGGUGAUGGUGAUAAUGACGACUCUGAUGUGAUAAUGACGACUCUUCCCAAUGUCCUAGAGACAGCUCGUAUAGAAACAACCAUUCUGUCCCGAAGCAGUUUGAACUUUCAGUCCCCAGAAAUAGGCUCUGAGCUGAACAACAGUGAGUCUGGCUUUGAGAGCAGCGGAGGUAUUACUACUACUACUACUACUACUACUACUACAGUCACUAGCCGGAGAAGCCACAACAACGACCAGUGCUCAUCCCAGGAAGAUGAUGUGCCAGAGAUGAGGAAUGUGACCAUUAGAAGUGCAUGGAGGAAUCGAGGGGCAGUAUCUAUGGACCAACUUGGUCAGGGACCAAGACAUGAUGGUUUGGAGGAUGAAACAGAAUCCACCACAACAUGGAGAGCGUACAGAGCUACCACUGUCCUGGACACAGAUGAGAAUUUAAUGUCUCCCAGUGUCACCACACGAAGUGGAAAGCCAAGCCCAGCAGAGAGGUACAUGCGGAGGAUCAGUAGUGGAAAUACUGGUAGAGAAUCUCUAGAGUCCUCACGCAGGAACAAAAGUGUGUCCCCUAUUGAUAGCAGUCUUCAAAGGAUCAUCCCUCAUGAGCCUGUCUGUGCCCAGCAACUGCAACCAAGAAUGCGAAAAGAACCUCCUGCUGUUGAUGAGAGUGAGCCAGCAGUAACCUCAUGGAGGAGGCAGUCAGCAGGCGAGGUGAACUCUUCUGAGCGGCUCAGGGGUCGAGGAGCAUGGACAGGCAAGGCUAGCGCCGGAGACGGGAGUCGCCCCUGGAGCAGCCGUCAUCAUGACAACUGACCCUGCGCUCCAUCGCUCUUCCACAGAGGUCCCAUGUGAGACGUCUCUCUCGUGUUUAGGCUCCGCUGCAUCUCAAUCCUCAGACAUCUCCCAUCUGCACUUGAACUCCCCUAGCUCCUCCCACACCUCCCCUCACCUGACCCUGGCCUCUCACACAGCUGCCCUCGUGUGUGCCCAGGACUGGACAAACGCUUGAAGAGAGGGAUGGGGAAACGGAGGACCAGGGGGAAGUGCUGCCGAGAUUUUACACAGUUUAGGGUGGAUCCCUGUAUCAUCUCUACUCUGGAAGUUGGACACCUGAGCUUUGGGACUAUGUGUUACAGCCAGGAGCAUCCUGUAUCUCAUAGAAUCUAUGCUUGCGAUUCUUUUUUUUUUCCCCCUCAUGAUCAGGAAUUUUGUCGGAUUCUUGCACAACCCAGGAUCAUCAUGCAAACACACAGCUUUGCACAUGUUCAAAUAUCCAGCAGGAAAACGGAAAGAAUCCCUGUUUGUGCUCACAAAUGAUCUUUUAUAUCCAUGCGCAAAUGUUUUUGUCUAUAUCAGCCUUCAAAGUGCCAAAGCGUCCCAUUUAAAAAAAAAUAUAUAUAUAUAUAUAUUUCUUCAUUUUUGCUCACUUCUGUUUGUCCUCAUGCUGUCACUGGUUAUGAAAUUGCACAUCAGAAAAUGGCAACCAGCAUUAAAUGCAUGACUUUUUUUCGUAGACAAGCUGCUUCUCGAACAGCGCAGGAUAACGGAGCGGGAUCACGGUCCAAUCAUCAGUAUGUAGAUAAAUAUUUGUGUAAGAAACUGGAUACCUGGGUGGUUUGGAUGCUCAGAGUGGAACUUGUACACACACACACACACACACGCGCACACACACUUGCAGGCUUUGCACAGACAGGAACAAGGCAUAAAGAGAAAGCAGAAUGGUGGUUUUAUUUCCCAGUACACAGAGGCUGAAACCACUUUGCUCCCAUGGUGCAUUGCUGCAGGACUGGGACAGCACUUCUUCACUGCAAAUGGAAAAAGCAGCAUCGCAAUCCAUCUGCAUCUUCAUGCGCUACCUGCUGACACGGGUUGCAGUGAUGUCACGAGCCUUGAGCUCUGAUUGGAUGAGAAGGGUGUUCAAUAUUACAGCAGCUACUGUGAUUGGACAGAGCAUGUACUCUGAAAAUGAGCACUGAUCAGGUUCGUUGUCGUCUUCUUCAGCUUCAGAUUUUUUUUUUUUAACAUACCGAAAUGCUGUUAUGAACAUGCGUCCUAUAACCGAACGCAAAAAAUGAUGGAAGUUAUGGGUCCACUGUCCUCUAGUCCCUGAAAAGUCAAUCCAAAUUUCACUGGAUUCAUGGGAUCUGUCUUUCUGUCUGUCUGUCUGUCUAACAGUCUAACAGUUUCUGCUCAAAACGUCUAUACCAUCCUGCCUUGCUGUGUGUAUACUAGUUUUCUUCAUCAUAUCUCUUUAAGAGGAAUCCGGUUCAAAUCAUUAUCGUUAAUUGAUCUUGUGCCGUCACGGCCAGUGUUUCCCAUUCCAACACCGUCCGCUUCUGCUGUCACGUAGAUGGUCUUCGUCUAGACAUUUGAGCGCUUAUUGCACUUAAAAUACUUAGUAAAGAAAGUUACAUUUCCAAUUCCAGUAUGAUGCUAAAAAUAUGCAGAAAUAAAACUUUUUUUAGAUGUUUUGCUUUAGAUUGCAUCAACCACUGAAGUUUGUAGAGAGAUAACAAGAGUGUAUGUGUGUGUGUGUGUGUGUGUGUGUGAGAGAGAGAGAGAGAGAGUUUGUGGCAGAGUUUGAGAGAUCUCCAGCUUUUAAGAUAAUUUGCAUUAUGUUUGACUCAGCUGUGCUUCCAACCCCCCAAAAAAAUGCUUAUACCAAACCACAACUUUUAUGUACUACACGUUUUGACACGUAUUCCAAAAUUCCACGCCGCUGACGGCCUCAACAGACUCCACUUCCUGUGUUGGGAUUUUCUGGUUGCUGUGAGACACCAGCACCCAUCACGCAGCCCACCAACCCCCCAAACAGAAACGCCUGCAAACCCACAACAGUGUCCUCAGGGUCGUUUUAAUGGCUGCUGAAAUGACGUUGUGGGUAAUGAACAGUGCCAUAAUUUCCACAAGGUCAGCACUGCAGCUAAUUAUGUCAUCUGAGGUGUUAUAAAUAUUUUUUUGGGGAGGAGGAACCGUUCAGAAAGAGAGAUCAGGGCUACUUAGGCUGCAUGCGGGGGCUUGUCAGGAUGUCGUGUUCGUUCUGUUCGUCGUGGUUUGGAGCCAGCUAGGGUGAAGUGCGUUGACCAAAACAGGAGUGUUUAAAAAAAGGAGCUGUAUAAUGCUGUAGGUGGCUUUAAACUAGUAUGUAGGGGACAUAAUAAGUGCACUGCAGUAAUAGUAUAAAUCUGUCUUGGUGUCUUCAUGACUGUUGAGUGCUGUAGUGUUUUUUGUGGUUUGGAAUCAAAGGUAUUUUUAAAGCACCGGAGUAAAACUAAUGCUGUAGCUGAUGAUGUAGUCUUCAUACAGAGCUGUAAGUGUUGUGCGUUCAAGGCGUUUAUUCGUUUUUUUUUUUUUUUUAUUAUUUCAAAAUGAACAUGGGGAAGACAAGAAAACAAGGACACGGCUUUUCAUUUUAUUUUUGCACUAAACUAAGAAACUAAUUCUUUUUCUCCCCCCAUGAAAAGUAUUUCUAAUUAAAACAAUUAAAUUUGUUUCUACUAGUCUCACUAGUCUAGAAAUUACACAUUCAUCAAUCCAGAUAUGAAAAAACACCACAGCGUGAACAGAGGCGUCCUGGACGUACCGGUAACGUUAUUUUACACGCAAUUCUGUGGUUAAGGUGUAAUAUUCUGUUUUCUGCUUAAUAUAAAAGAUAUGAUAAAAAAAUGGGAUCGGCAUAUGCAGAAAUAAAUUUUGGGAUGAUUAAAAUAUUCUUAAAUUGCAGCACCUGAAAAAUCCUGCCCUUUUUUUUU